CCUCCUCCUACUUAUGAUGUUGGCUAUCUAUCAAACCCGUAUUUGUUCAAUUCGCUGGAAAACGCGACAGUGACCUUAUCAUCUUGACAACUCCAUCAAUUUCAGAAACCAUGUCCAACAAUUCAAAAAUCAUCCAAAUGUGCGUGGCGGGCCAGAGGAAGAAAGGAUGGUCGGACGAGCAGUUCGCCCACGAAUUCACAGUCGUGCACGCGGAAAUCACCAAAGCAACAGCCGAGAAAGCACCAGCCCUUCUUGGCUAUCGGCAAGUCCUGGCAAUCCCAAGGCCCAGAAUAUCCGCAUUCAAUAUGAACAACAGCACCUGGGAUUCCCAAGCAGUGUUGACGUGGUCGAGCAUUGAAGAACUUUCCUCCCUCCUGAAAUCCGAAGGGUAUCGCGCCAACGCAGGAAACCACGUCUUCACCGAGCCAGACAUCGUGGGAUCUAUUUCCCAGGUUGCUGGGGAGUUUGUGUUUGAUCCGGUCGGGUACAGCAGCCAGGAAUCGCGCUUCAUGGUGUUUGUUUAUAUUCCGCGGGCGACCAGGAGCAGUCGGGAGCUCGUUACAGAGCAGGAGGUGGCCCAGAGACUUGAUAAUAUUACGAAAAUAGGUGCUGGAACGGGUCUUUUGAGAUACGUCAUCAAUCGUGAUGUGACCCCUUCGGACCCAAGUCAACUGUUUGAUGGCACUCCAUUUACCAAUGGUGACUGGGGAGUGAUGGGUGUGACGGAGCAAUAUUGGUUCAAGGACGAAGAUACUGCGUCAGCCUUCUUUGCAGACGAGGCACGCGUGGAUGCGUUAAUGAAAGUACCCAGCUCACUAGACGGUAAAAGUUGCGUUGCUGUUGCUGGUCAAGAAACGGUCCUAGUUAGCAAAUAAUCGGCUUUGUAAUAUAUUUUUAUUAAUGAGAGCAGAAGAAACAUCUGGGCUGAUGAAACCUAUACAUGGGAACAAACUUGGGCGCUCAAGAAGGGGAAACUGUUUUUACUUAGAGACGUUCUGCAAAUUCGGCAGCACCGGGGGAUUUCAUCUGUACCUACUGGGUUGACG